UCUGUAACUCUUCAAAUGGAAACAACACUUUUGAAACUAAAACCAUCACAACUUGAUUCACUGCAAAAUCACAGUCUUUAUUUCUGUUAAAUGAAGAAUAAGUUAAUAUACAAUUUUAGUAACAGUGAUGAAAGAAAGUGUAGUAAGCUUCAUUUUCAGGGGUUUCUAUUUUUCCCCAAAUUUUGACCAAAUAAUGUUACUUUUUUGUAUAAUGAUAGUUGUCAGCCACACACAUGAUCAGUUUGUUUCGGACAAAACACUGAAUCUUAGUAUAAUAGUUGUGCCCUAAUACCUGUACAAAAAAAUUGCUUGAGAAGAGGUUUCCUUGAUUAGUUUCCUUUUUCUUGCAUUUCCAGAAAACUGACAAGCUUUGAGAACCAAAUGGAGAAGUUGAUUCUGUCUGUCAUUAUUCUUCAUCAGAUAGGGUAUGUGAAACAAGAAAGAAAAAUCAACUAAGGAUAUAGAAACAAGACAGUCUUUGACUCCUCAAAGAAAGAAAAAUUGAAGCCUUAGGUGAUGGAAAUUAGUUCUUCGCCAUUUCCCUUUGAUUGGAGCAAUGUUCCCCAGCGAUUGCGGACUAAACGGAAGAGAAAAUUUAAUGGCAAGAAAGCACUUUCUAGACCCAACAAAGUGCACUCUAGACCAAAGGAAGCACCCUCUAGACCCAAGGAAGCACUUUCUAGACUCAAGGAAAAGCUAGACAGUGGAAUUUUUGAUACUUUCUUGAUGAUGAUGUGGAAAAUUUUCCCAGAAGACAGGAAGGCACAGUUUAUGUGCUUUGACAGCUUAUGGUUUAGCCUUUACAGGACUUCUUCCUCUAAGGACAAGGUGCUGACUUGGAUUAAAAAAAAACCUAUUUUCUCCAAGGCAUAUGUUUUUGUUCCCAUAGUCUGCUGGGGUCACUGGAGCCUUUUGAUCCUCUGCCAUUUUGGUGAGAGCUCGGAAUCAACUUCUAGAUCACGGUGCAUGUUGUUGCUGGAUUCACUUGAAAUGGCCAAUCCAAGGCGACUUGAACCUGAGAUCAGAAGAUUUGUACUAGAUAUCUAUGAAUCAAUGGACCGGCCUGAGACAAAGCGAAUUGUAUCCCAAAUUCCAUUUUUGGUGCCUGAGGUGCCACAACAAAGAGAUGGUAAUGAAUGUGGAUUUUUCGUGCUCUAUUUCAUUAAUCUGUUUUUGGAGAAUGCUCCUGAUAACUUCAGCAUGGAGGGAUACCCUUACUUUAUGAAAAAAGAUUGGUUUAGCUUUGAUGGCUUGGAUAGGUUUCGUGAGGGCUUAAUUCAGUGAAUUAGACGUCUCCAAACUUGACUAGACUAGUUAUUGUUGACUGAUUAUAUUAGAAUGGUAAUGGGGGGAUUUGUUCAUAUUGGAGGCAGGUGCAUCUAGAAGUUUAGUCUAUAGUAGAGAGGGUACUCUCUUCUUCUAUGCAUGUAGUUCAACUUUAUUGGGCUUAUAUUUGCCUUUGCAGUUCA